AUGGUAGAUGGGACCAGACACCAGGCGGCAGACCUGAGCACAACUUUGUUCCGGGGCAGUAAGGAACAGCGUGGGGCAGCACAGACAGGUGACAUGAGGACUACAGCCAUACCACAGAUGGACACACUCACCCUGAAGACUCUGGGAGCCUCUGAAGAUCUUAAGGAGCUGGGAGAUGUGACGCCACACAAUAUUAAACAGUUGAAGAGACUGAACCAGGUCAUCUUCCCAGUCAGCUAUAAUGACAAGUUCUACAAGGACGUACUGGAGGUCGGCGAGCUUGCAAAACUCGCCUAUUUCAAUGAUAUAGCUGUAGGUGCAGUGUGUUGCAGGGUGGAUCACUCACAGAAUCAGAAACGACUUUACAUCAUGACACUCGGAUGUCUUGCACCUUACCGAAGACUAGGAAUAGGAACUAAAAUGUUAAAUCAUGUCCUGAACAUCUGUGAGAAAGAUGGCACUUCUGACAACAUUUAUCUGCAUGUCCAGAUCAGCAAUGAAUCAGCAAUUGACUUCUACAGGAAGUUUGGCUUUGAGAUUAUUGAGACAAAGAAGAAAUACUAUAAGAGGAUAGAACCUGCAGAUGCUCAUGUGCUUCAGAAAAACCUCAAAGUCCCUUCUGGUCAGAGCGCAGACACACAAAAGACAGACAACUAAACAAAUUACACAAACUUCUUGCACUUGCUUGUUGCCAAAUAAAAGAGGCCCAUUAUUCUCCUUCCCUUUUCUUAAGCUUCCCUCCUUGUUCUUGGUUUUUUUUUUUCCUUCCCCCACCCUUCCUCUAAAAGUUUUAAUUCUUUCAAGGACUCUUAAAAAUGAUCAUGUUUGGAUUGUUUUAGUUCUCUUAUUUUUGUGAGAUGGUUGGAUUGGAAGGAAGAGAAGGUAAAUACAUUCUUUGUAGUUUCAGUUAAGAUAUCUG